CGCUGCAGCAAGUAGGAGGUCGCCGACGCGGCACAUGCAGCAGCGGCAGCCUAUGAGCUUGUGCGAGCCUAACAAAAAGAGGCGGACAUCCAUCUUAAAUCGCGGCUGGUUGCUGCUGUUGGCGUUGGCUCCGAUCCGCGGCCUUUGCCUGGUUGCGCAGGGCCGUGGAUGGCAGCCGUACGAGCAUCGCUUGGACGAUGAACAGCUGGUAUUAGGGCAGCGUCCUAUAGAAUCAUCCGCAGCCUCUCGACCCCAAGCUCCGUACGCACCGCCCUUCCCCAGCCGACCAGGCAACCGUCCGUCCGGCUUCAUCGCCCUCGGCGACUCGUACUCGGCCGGCAUUGGCACGGGCCUCUUCAACGGCACCGAAGAUGACUGUCGCCAUGGGAUCCACGCCUACCCGAUGCUGGUGCACGACGACCUCAAGCGCAGCCAGGACGGAGGCGAGGGCCCUACCUUUCAGUUCCUCUCCUGCACGGGGUCUACCGUCGGUGAUAUGCUUGCUGGCGCCGAGCAUAGCCAGAUUGAUGAGUUCAACACAACUUCGACGGCCGACUUUGCCCUUCUCUCCAUCGGCGGCAACGACCUGGGCUUCUUCGACAUCAUGAACAGCUGCAUAUUCCGCUUCUACAGCUUCUACUCCGGCACCUGUGAGGCUGCUCUCCGCCGCGCCGACGAGCAAAUGGCUGGCUCGAACUUUGAGCACCGUCUUCGACUCGUCAUCAUGGAGGUUCUCGAUCGCGUCCGCUGGGAGAAGAGGCCUUGGUUCACCAUCACCGUGACCGGAUAUGCGCGCUUCUUCAACGCCGAUACGGACGAGUGCGACGACUACUCGUUUGGCAUGUGGUGGCGCGGCCCGAAGCUGAGUCGCGAGCUUCGCCAGCGCAUGAACGACAUGGUUGUCGAUGUCAACAACAAGAUUCGGCACUCAGUCGAUGCCAUCAACGCCGCCUUUGCUGAGCCCAGGGUUCUCUUUGUCGACUACGACGACGCCUUUGAGGGGCAUCGCUUCUGCGAACCAGGCGUUGUCGAGCCCGACUACGCGAGGAAUGAGACCUGGUUCUUCCUUGUCGGCGGCCUGGACAACUACCCCGAGACGGAGAAGCCGGUGCUCGGGGCAGACGGCGCCCUGCUGCCCCCGGACUCUCCACUGAUCGACCCGGAAACCUGCCUCGAGCCGGCGCAGAAGUCCGGGGACUGGGGAAUGCUGGCCUUGUGCAUGAUGGCCAUGGCCGCUGAGAAAGAACCCAUGCUGCGAAUGGCGGACGGGCGGGUUGUGGCGGAGAACUCGAUGUGGUAUGUGCCUACAUACUACGGCAAGACUUUUCAUCCGCGGAGUCGCGGCCACAUGGCAAUGAGAGACCGGAUCUACAAGGCAUGGCGCGAAAUGCGCGUCCCGACGAUUUGA